AUGAAGGUCGCGGUGGUGGUCUCAGUUUUUGCUCUCCUGGCUCGGCCAUUCGCAUCGGCCGCAUCCAGCCUGGCGUUCUGUGCUUCAGACAACACGGGGGCUUCCUUCAAAGCAGUUUCCGACACAUUUCAAUCAAAUGGAGCAUGCCAAACUACUUGCGCCAAAUACGCCCUAGGUAUCCUACAAGGGAAGAAAUGCUGGUGCUCGAAUGUUGCUCCCUCUAAGUCGUCGCAAUCCGACACUUCUGACUGUGAUGGUUCGUGCCCGGGUUAUCCGGCAGACAGUUGUGGAAGUGCAUCCAAAGGAGUGUUCGCGUACGUGCAAAUCACCGGCAACGAUGUGACCAGCACAGCUGGUGGUUCAUCAACAUCGACCACUUCGUCCUCGUCAAGCUCAACUUCAAGCUCAACCUCAACCUCGUCAACUUCGUCGGAUGAUAAAACAACCAGCACCUCGGCUUCUGUCUCAGUGGAAACCAACUCUGGCGGCCAUGUCAAGACAAUCACUGUUGAUGGUUCAAGUUCGACUGCUAGCGCUGGCGCUGAUUCUGCAUCGGCUAACACUAGCGCUGCCAGCUCGUCAUUGAGUGGAGGUUCCAUCGCAGGCAUUGUGAUUGGUGUUCUUGGAGGACUCGCCCUGAUCGGUGCUCUCAUCUUUUUGAUCUUCUUCUACCGCAAACGCGCUCGUGCCGCCAGCCCCAUCCCAAGCCAGGAAAUGGCCGACGACAGAACUAGCAGGGGAUCGAGCUUCAUGGGAGGGCUCUUCCCGCGGGGCAAUGGAGAAGGCGCUGCUGGUGGACCUAUUCCCGAACGGUCGGGCACAACAUUUACCGAUCGGCGAAUGAAGACCAACACGGUUCUCUACCCGAACGGUCCUCGGGAAAGCAGUGUUUCGCUGCAAGACAACGAAGACUACUCGCGUCCUGUUCUUCGGCUUACCAACCCCGACUAA